CUUGCAUUGAAGAAGACGAAGAAAUUAUAGUCAUUCACAGUCAUAGUUUGUUUAUCAAGUGAAGAUCGAGCACCGCUAACAAUACGAACUCGGAAAACCUGAAGAAAGAGUGUAAGUAAGAAAUGGAGAAGUUUGCAGAACUGAGAGCAGCUGUGGAAUCUGUGGAGCUAGUUGAUGCACACGCACACAAUCUCGUUGCAAUUGAUUCCGAUUUUCCUUUCCUCAAAUGUUUCUCCGAAGCCGACGGCGAUGCCUUAUCAUUCGCGCCUCACACUCUCAGUUUCAAGAGAAGUCUGAGGGAUAUUGCUGAGCUCUAUGGUUCAGAGGCUACCAUGGAUGACAUUCAAACAUAUAGAACCAAACACGGAUUGCAGUCAAUCAGUUCAAAAUGCUUCAAAGCAGCAAAACUUUCAGCCUUACUUAUUGAUGAUGGACUUGAACUUGAUAAGAAACAUGAUAUUAAGUGGCACAGUAAUUUGGUACCAUGUGUGGGGCGCAUAUUGAGAAUAGAGCAUCUGGCUGAGACGAUUCUAAAUCAGGGGAAUCGUGAUAAAUGGACACUGGAUAUAUUCACUGAAACUUUUUUGAGUCAAUUAAAGUCAGUUUCCAAUGAAAUUGUGGGCUUAAAAAGCAUUGCUGCAUACCGAGGUGGUCUUCAAAUUAAUACACAUUUCAAUAGGAGAAAGGCUGAGGAUGCUCUUAAUGAUAUUUUACAUGCGGGACUUCCUGUGCAGAUUACAAACAAGAUUUUCAUCGACUAUCUCUUUGAGCUUAGUUUGGAAUUUGCGGUGUCCUUUGACCUGCCCAUGCAGAUACACACAGGUUUUGGAGAUACAGACUUGGAUUUGAGGCUGUCCAAUCCCCUGCAUUUGUUACCGUUGCUUAAGGAAGAGAGAUUCGCUAACUGUCGUAUAGUACUUUUACAUGCAUCCUAUCCUUUUUCAAGAGAGGCAUCAUACCUGGCCUCUGUUUUUCCUCAGGUCUACCUAGAUUUCGGAUUGGCAGUUCCUAAGCUCAGUGUCCAUGGGAUGAUAUCCUCAGUGAAAGAACUUCUGGAGCUAGCUCCCUUAAACAAGGUCAUGUUCAGCACCGAUGGGUAUGCAUUUCCUGAGACAUAUUACUUAGGUGCAAAGAGAGCGCGGGAAGUUAUAUUUUCUGUCCUACGUGAUACUUGCAUGGAUGGGGAUCUUUCAAUUCCCGAAGCUAUUGAAGCAGUUCAAGAUAUCUUUGCUGAAAAUGCUAUAAAAUUCUAUAAACUUCACAUACCUGUAAAGUCUUCUUAUUCAAAAAGUGUAAUAUCUUGCAACCCACCUGGUUGGGGGAUUGACACCCCGCAACAAAGUGUCAAACUUGUUCGCAUAUUUUGGGUAGAUGCUUCUGGACAGCACAGAUGCCGAGUGGUUCCGGAAAAGCGGUUUGAUGAUGUUGUUAUAACCAACGGGGUAGGAUUAACAGUUGCUUGUAUGGCCAUGACUUCAAUGGUUGAUGGCCCUGCUGAUGAGACUAAUUUAAGUGGAGUGGGCGAGAUCAGACUAGUGCCUGAUUUAUUAACCAGGAAGACCAUUCCAUGGAUAAAGGGACAAGAAAUGGUUUUAGGUGACAUGCAUGUGAUUCCUGGGGAACCUUGGGAAUACUGCCCAAGAGAGACACUUCGUAAAGUGUCAAAAAUCCUGAAGGAUGAAUUUAACUUGGAAAUGAUUGCAGGUUUUGAGAAUGAAUUCUAUCUGUUGAAAAAUGUCAUAAGGGAUGGGAAAGAGGAUUGGGUACCAUUUGAUCUUGCACCCUACUCCUCAUCCUCAUCAUUUGAUGCUGCUUCUCCUAUAUUACAUGAAGUUAUAACUGUCCUUCAGACUUUAAACAUUCCAGUUGAGCAGCUGCAUGCUGAAGCUGGGAAAGGUCAAUUUGAGGUGGCACUUGGCUACACAACUUGCACCAAGGCAGCAGAUAAUUUAAUUUAUACCCGUGAAGCAAUUCGGUCGGUUGCAAGGAAACACGGAUUGCUGGCUACUUUUCUUCCAAAAUAUGAUUUGGGUGAUAUUGGGUCUGGCUCACAUGUACACAUAAGCUUGUGGGAGAAUGGUAAAAAUGUGUUCAAGGCAUCCGACAAACACUCUAAGCAUGGAAUGUCGAAAAUUGGCGAGGAGUUCAUGGCAGGGGUUCUUCAUCACCUUCCUUCUAUUUUGGCAUUUACAGCACCAAUUCCAAACAGUUAUGAUCGCAUACAGCCAAAUACAUGGAGCGGAGCUUACCAGUGCUGGGGUAAAGAAAACAGAGAAUCUCCAAUAAGAACCGCGUGCCCACCUGGAAUUGAACAUGGCCUUGUGAGCAACUUCGAGAUUAAAUGUUUUGAUGGUUGUGCAAAUCCACAUUUGGGAUUAGCAUCUAUAAUUGCUGCUGGCAUUGACGGCUUGCGGAAUCAUCUGUUGUUGCCCGAACCCGUUGAUGAAAACCCUUACAACCUUGCUGGGAAACUGAAGAGAUUACCAGAGUCACUUGCGGAAUCAUUAGAAGCUCUCAAGAAGGAUGCUGUCAUGGAAGAUUUGAUCGGUUCAAAGCUUUUGGUUGCGAUCAAAGGAAUACGCAAGGCAGAGAUUGCAUAUUAUUCUCAAAACCGUGAAGCGUAUAAGCAACUCAUUCAUCGGUACUAGUUUGUUUUAUCUUAUGGCGCGUUUUUAUCUUAUUCUCAAGCUUUCAUGAUCUGUUAUUCAAAACAAUGAACUUCAAAAUUGAGAUUUUUUAUAGACUUAAAUUAUGAGUUGUUUUCGGAAAAAAAAAACUUUAAUUCAUGAUGGAUCAUAUCAAUAAUUAUUCUCAUUGUUUUUUUUUCAAAGUGUAUAAAUUUAACUCAUGGCUUUUUCUUUUUGUAUAUUUUGUUUCAAGUGUUUAACUUUAACUAAUCUGUCAUGAUAGAUUAUAUCAUUAUUUAUUCUCAA